CAAACGCUAGGGGGCAUGGCCCAGAGGUUAGCGCCAAAUAUCCCGGAAGGAUUUAAAGCUGUAACCGCAAGUCUUGGGAGGCCUAGAAGCACCAAGGCACAGCCAGAUUCUGAAGCGAUGCAAGCAUCUACCGCCCAGGACCAGAUGGCUCCUAUAAUGAUCCUGGAGCCUGCUGAUGGUUGCCUCUGCGACCAGCCAGUGCUCAUCUCCGUGCACGGCCUGGCCCCCGAGCAGCCCGUCACGCUGCGCGCGGCCCUGCGAGACGAGAAAGGCGCGCUCUUCCGCGCCCACGCGCGCUACCGCGCCGACGACCACGGCGGCCUGGACCUGGCGCGCGCGCCCGCGCUGGGCGGCAGCUUCGCCGGGAUCGAGCCCAUGGGGCUGCUCUGGGCCCUGGAGCCCGAACGGCCAUUCUGGCGCCUGAUCAAGCGCGACGUGCAGACGCCCUUCGUGGUGGAGCUGGAGGUGCUGGACGGCCACGAGCCCGACGGCGGGCGGCUGCUGGCGCGCGCGGUGCACGAGCGUCACUUCAUGGCUCCCGGGGUGCGGCGCGUGCCCGUGCGCGAGGGCCGUGUGCGCGCCACGCUCUUCCUGCCUCCAGGAAAUGGACCCUUUCCAGGAAUUGUGGACCUUUUUGGAGUUGGAGGUGGCCUUCUGGAGUACCGAGCUAGUCUGCUGGCUGGGAAGGGCUUUGCUGUCAUGGCUUUGGCUUAUUAUAACUACGAUGACCUCCCCAAGGGCAUGGAUAUCUUUCACCUGGAGUACUUUGAAGAAGCCGUGAACUACCUGCUCAGUCACCCUCAGGUAAAAGGUCCAGGAAUUGGGCUGCUUGGGAUUUCCAAAGGGGGUGAACUUGGCCUUGCUAUGGCCUCCUUCCUGAAGGGCAUCAAAGCUGCUGUCAUCAUCAAUGGCUCUGUGGCUGCUGUUGGGAACACCAUACACUACAAGGAUGAGACUAUACCCCCUGUGUCUCUUCUGAGAAAUCGAGUUAAAAUGACCAAAGACGGCCUUAAGGAUGUUGUGGAAGGUCUGCAAAGCCCUUUGGUGGAAGAGAAGAGCUUCAUCCCCGUGGAAAGGCCUGACACGGCCUUCCUGUUGCUUGUAGGUCAGGAUGACCACAACUGGAAGAGCGAGUUCUAUGCCAAUGAGAUCUCCAAACGCUUAGAGGCCCAUGGGAAGGAGAAGCCCCAGAUCAUCUGCUACCCAGAAGCAGGGCACUAUAUUGAGCCCCCUUACUUCCCACUGUGCAAGGCUGGCAUGCACCUCCUGGUGGGUGCUAAUAUCACCUUUGGAGGGGAGCCUAAGCCUCACGCUGUGGCCCAGGUGGAUGCAUGGCAGCAGCUCCAGACUUUCUUCCACAAACACUUGGGUGGGGAAGAAAGGACAAUCCCAUCAAAACUGUGAUUUUUAUUCAAGUUUUAUUUUAUUUAACACCUAUAAUGCAGGUGUGUGUGUGUGUGUGUGUGUGUGUGUGUGUGUGUGUGUGUGUGUUCAUGGUCUGGGAGCAGAGUGAUUGUGCAGAAAACAUAAGGUGUGACAAAUGCUAAUAUCUUGCCAUGCUCCUCCUGCAGGUGACAAGAGCUGUAGCUCUGAAAGCAAGGCCCAGUCACUGUUGGGUCACUGGAGUUGAGCAAUUAUUUGCCAAAUGGCUGACUAAAAUAUGAAUGAUUGCCCACUGUUUGAACAAACAUUAACAGGGGCUGGAAAGAUGGCUCAGCAGCUAAGAACACAUACUGCUCUUAUAGGACCUAAGUUUGGUUCCCAGCACCUGAACCAAGCAGUUCACAACUGGCUAACUCCAGCUCCAGCACCCGUACACACACACAUACACAUAAAUAAAAAUACAUGGUUUUGAAAGCAUAAAUAAUGGUCCUUGGUCUGGGUUGGCACUAUCUUGUGGAUUCCACUGAUUUAUAUAGAUUUAUAUAUGCAGACCUUUUUAUGUCAUCACCUCACACUGAUCACUAAGACAGCAUUCAUUCCUGUCAUAGCCCGGGUUCAGGUCCUGAGACGGAAAAGGGGCACAAAGUAAUGAAGUGUCCGGCCACCAAGUUUCACACAUAUGGCUGGCCCUGAAUGGCUCCAGCUAUCUUUAUUUAUACUUCAUUUAUACUUCCCCACCCUCCAAGAUUAUCCUCCAGAAAAAACAACAUUUUUUACCCAUCUUUUACAUCUAAACAACUUUUUAAACAAAAACAACACUCAGCAUUUUGUUAGGUUGGCUGAAUAUUGAGCCAGGCACAUCCUGUCCUUACAAAGCUAAAAGGUAAUACUCGCAAUUUAAAGGACAUAGGCACACAUUUUCAAGGUCAACAGUAUCAUUCAAAGCUUAACAAAGCCUAUAUACAGAAAUAGGGCUGCUUUGCCGGAAACUGCCUGAGUACAGUUAGCUUGUAUUUCUGUAACUGUUCCUUUGCCUUACAAAAGGGUCCUGCACUCCUAAGCCUCUCU